CGCCGGUGUUCGUCUCCGUCGGGACCGAAACAAGAUGUUAAACUUUUCAGUCGUCCUCGUUUCUUUGCUCUUCGCCUGCAGGUGGCUCGAGGCCGCCGUGUUUCCGGGCUCUGCAGCAGGUAUUAAACCAACGAAGAUCAUCGCCAUCGUGGGUGAAACUGUCGUUCUGCCCUGCAGCAUCUUUCUCAGCGAUGAGCUGCCCACGGUCGAGUGGUCCAAGGAAGGGCUGUCUCCAAACAUCACCUUCUUGUACCGGGACGGCUGCGAGACCUUCGAGAUGAAACAUCCGGACUUCGAGUUCCGGACAAACCUGCUCAUGAACGAACUGAAACAUGGAAACAUCUCGCUGAGGAUUUCCAACCUGCAGCUGUCCGACGGGGGAAAGUAUCAGUGCGUGGUUCUGCAGAAGAAGGAGCGGAAGGUCGUCUCCACGCUGGAGCUGGUCGUCGGUGCUGUCCCCGAGCCGACGCUCUCAGUUGUUUCAGAUGAGGACGGUGGAGCGACUCUGCAGUGCGAGGUCAAACACUGCUGGCCGUCGCAGCCUCUGAUCACGUUUCUGGACGAGCAGGGACAAGAGAUCGAUGCUGAGAAACCCCGAACAGCUCCACGCUCCGGGGAAUGUUUCAACGUCACCAGGAGAGCGACUGCUACAAACAGUGUCACAUGCAGAGUGCACCAUUCUGAGAUCAACAAGACCAGAGACACAAAGAUGUACAUACCAGAAAACUGCAUGAAACGCUGGACUCAAGCCGUUAAAACUGUUGUUAUUACAAUGUUCGCUCUAAUUGCGGUUGGAUUAGUUAUCGCUGCUGUUCUACUCUACAUGCGUUGCCGCCGUGGGAAAAAACAAAAAGUGUCAGAGCCGCCACGGUCCAACGGCCGUUAUACAGCAAGCAGAGCUGCAGGAGCGAACCGCCAAGGGAACCAGGCUGAAACCCUCACAUACGAGGAGCUGCUGAGAGCCAAUAGAGAGCUGAAGUCUAAAAUUCAGGAAAAAGACAGGAUCAUCCGCCGACAGGCUGACGAGCUGAAAGGCCUCAAAUCGAGACAGAAUCCCGUCUCGCAGAACAGCCCGUCUAUAGCCGACUCCACAUCCUCACCAGACGUCUCAAAUCUCGUUAGCCAACCACCAAGAGGGACUGACCAAGACAGCAACCCAAAACCAGCAGCCUCAACCACCCUCAACAGUCCAAAAUCUGACAAGUCCGCGACCAGGAGCAAGGAUCGAAACCCUGUCGCUUCACGCCAGAGCCCGCCGCCUGGUCCCCCGACAAAAACAAGCACUCAUGACAGCUGUCCUUCUCUUCCGACGAGCAGUGCUGCCGCUCCGUCCACCUCAGAGGAGAAGCAUCGCAUCCGUUCCAGGAGUUUGUCUGAGCCUCGGCCUCGGCCAAGCGGAGCCAAAACCGUGCGUAGAAACACCACCUCGAUCACGUCUAGCAACCGAUACACUGUCCUGGAAGACCUCCACGAAGACUUGGAGCCGCUGAUCUAAGGAGGUGAAGAGAGAGUGCAGCGAGGAGACGUCCGAAUAAAACCCAAAGUUUGGUCAGAGUGACAUUAAACAUAUCAUGACUAUAAACUCUGGCCUUGAUAUCUGUACUCGUAAUUACUGAUAAACUAAAAUGUGAAAUCUGCUAAACCAGAGAUGAAUUUGGGAGAAGUGAGCAUCUCUUAGUUCCACUUCCAUGAGGCCGUUUAUCAACAAAAACAAAUCCUUCUUGUUUUUGCUCUUUUUUAAAGUAGAAAAAAACCAAAACAAAACACUUCUAAGCUAUUUUAUUAUCAGUGAGAAAACGUUGCAGUGAGCCAGAUUAGCACCGACAGUUUCCUCAUCCUGAGAGCGACUCUGCUGCUUAUAACUCAAUUCUUUGUAAAACCAUUAAAAAAAAAAAAACUCAUACAUUGUUCAUUUCAAACAGGUGCUUGUAUUUGUAAAACCUUUUCUCUGUGCAGUUAAAUCAUUCAGGUUUCUGGUCUUUGAACUUGAAGCUGUUCAUCCUUUAAAAUCGGAUCAAAACUAUUUUAAUUAAAGCUGUAUUAAUAAUUAUGAGUAAAAGAUAAUGGGAUAUUAUUAUUACGGUAUUAAUAGUACAAUAAUACAGAAUACAGCUGAUUAAAAUGUAGCUGAGUAAAACAGUGAAGUUCAAUAAAAUGCACACAGACUUUAUAGAAUAAUUAAAACAGAUAUAAUACAAAACGGUAUAAUAUCUAAUUAUGCUGUUGUUGGUGAUGAAUAAAUGUGAACCAGCAUUUGCUAUAUUUAGUCGAUGAAGCUUAUUUAGAUUGUUUUUAUGUAAAUAUAAAUGUGUAAAAACGCUAUAUUUUAUAAAACGACAUAACUGUUUAUUUUCUUAAUGGAUCAAUUGUGUGAUUAUUUUCUUGAUUGAUUGAUUUGAUCAGUGCUUCAAACAGCCAAAUUAUUACAGACAGUUCAACAGAAGAGCAACCCAUCUUCACAUCUGAGAAUCCAAAACUAUGAAAUAUUCAGGUCAGGUCAUUAAAAUGCAGCUAAUCAGCUAACGAACCACUUUGGCCUCGUGUGCAUCAACGUAUUAAAUAAACACUAAACCUGUUUGGUUUGUAAAGAUAUGAACUUAAAGAGUAGUUGGUGAAUGUCCAGUAGUAAAAGGUAGCAUGUUUCCUCCUGAAUGUAGACGGACCAAUACUCUCCACAGAUACUCAGCAGGGUGCUUUUUAAUACUAUUGUUACUGUCGUAUAAAUUCUAAUUUUGCACUGUUCUGUAAAAAUGUGUUGAUAAAAACGUGUGAGUUUGUGUACAGAGCUUUCUACUAACACUGUGUCUGUCAGGGUAAAGUCGUGUAACGUAGGCUUCUUCUGAUGUCAGUUUUCUACAAAGUGGAGCUUGUAUUCGCUCGACUGCAUCGGUCUUGUUUUUGUAAAAAAAAAGAAAACACACAACGCGUUGGUCAUGCAUGUGUUUUGAUCGUCGCCAUUCAGGUUUUUGAAAAUGUUUUUUGCUUUUAAAGUUCAAACAUUUGCCAUUUCAUUUGAAGUAGUAUUUGCUUUCCUGUUUUGUAGAUCACAUUGUCGCCUCGUCUGUCAUUCAGUGUCUCGAGUAAAAUUCAAACUUUGUCUAUUUGUGCAAAUAUCAGCUUCAGAAGCACUGCAGGUUACAGACAACACAAUGUGACGGACAGGAAGUCGGUGUUCUGACAUGUUUGGAAGAGAGAAUGUAAGCGACAGAAGGAAUGUGAUGAUAAUAAACCUUUAUAGCGUUUUUCUUAAAUCUUUAGUCUCCCCCUUCUGGCAGGGAGAGGAAUUACACCAACACUGUUGACUGCUGUGUUGUUAUUGUCUCUGGUCUCUGCUGUGCUGCCGAGGUCUUUCCUCUGGACGUCUGUUUGCUGUUUCCUGCUCGGUCACUGUGGUUCAAGCAGCACUUCAUGCUUCAUCCUUUGUGAGCCUCAGAGCUUCAUCAGUGCAGCAGAUAGACUCAUGACAUUUUAGGAAGAAAAGCACAUCUGAGUUCUGUUAAAAACUGACUCCAGGUCAGUUUUACCUCCGUCCAGGUGUCACAUUCUGAACACCGGAUCUCUUUGUUGAAUUUGUUUCCCACCUUUUAUCUGUGAGCGUCUGUUCCGAGCAUAUCAGAAAAGUCAGCAGUUUCUAAAGGAUGUAAUGAUGCUCUUUUGUUUCUCCUAAAUAAAGACGCUACAGUUUAUAUUUCCCAAAAAUCCCUCCAGCCUCAGCAUGAUCUUGUGUUUUUUUUUUUUAUGGCAGUUCUGAGAAACAUUCUUGUUUUAACAGUAAAAUAGAAGCGCAUCAGUUUGGUUUUCACUUACUGCUUUGCUGAACCAGGAGUGAUGGAGCGCUUCUCCUUUCCUUCGUCCCUCCUCUGACCACAUUCUGGCUUUUGUCUUUGGUGUUCGUAUUAGGAUUGGUUUGUAAAUUCACUUAUUUCUUUGUAUUUCUGUCUUGUUUUUAGUUUUUAAUCAUCAGUCCUGUUUCUAAACUCUCUGUAAUUAUCUUUGUAAAGCAGUACGUUGCCUUGCAGACCGACUCGGGGCUGAAUGAACUCUACCAACGUCAUAACUUCUUCAUAACACUCACUGUGUGAAAGGCCCCAAAGGGCAGCAGAACUCCCCGACUGAAGGUAAUGCAGAUUGUGGUUGUUGUUGUUGGUUUUUUUUUGUCUUUAAAUGUGUAUCUUGUAAAUACCUGCAUCAUUUUGUGGUUAUUUAUCCUUUAUCAUCGAUGGUUCUAUCAUCCUUUAUCAUCCUGUUCUAUGAAUUCUUUGCAGUCAUUUUGCGUCUCUUGAGGUUGUUUUGUGUCUCCUUUCAGGUGUUUUUAGUCCCUUCCUGUCGUAUUUUUGUAGGGCUUUGCCUCUCUUUGUGGUUGUUUGCAUUAAAUUUUGGUCGUUUUGCACCA